GGAGCGAGCAGCUGGAGGCGGGGAGCUGAGGUCAGUUCCUCCGCCGCGCCGCCAGAAGGGACGGAGGCGCCUCUUGGCCGGGCGCUUUGGCGGAGAGCUUCCCUCGAGCAUCGCCGGCCAAGCCGCUUCUCCAGCUGCAGCUCCGCCUCGCCAGGGCUGCCUAACCUCCCUCCCUCCCUCUUUCUUUCUUUCCUUCCUUCCUUCUUUCUUUCUCUCUCUCUCUCGGCCGGGUUCCUGUCCCCCUCCCUCCCCGCCAGCCCCUUUCUCUCCUCGGAGCCCUCGGCGCGCGCGCCCGGCCACCAAGCCGGGGAAGCGGCUGCUGGGAGCGCGCGCGCGCGGCGGAGCUGCCCUCUCCCGGCGGGGCGCGGAGCUGCGAGCGCCGCGCGCGUCCCUGCGCCAUUUCGGCGGAGCGCAGCAUCUCGUGUCCUUGGGAGAAGAGGGGCCGCGAGGCGGGCGAGAAGAGCGGAGGAGGAGGAGCAGGAGGAGGAAUCUCGCCGAUCUUUUCUGGGAAGCAGCCGGUCCUCCUGCAUCGCAGCUCAAGUCCCCAGAAGUCUGCGCUGGACUGGAUCCGCGCCUUUCCCUGGUCAGGUCAAGGGGAGGCACAGAGCUGGCGCCAGAGAGAUCCACUCACAGAUGCAGACUCUUUAUUUGGAUCAGCUUUGGGACGAACGUCACAUGUGAGCUGCUAUGACAUCUGAAGCAGGGGAAUCGGUGCAAGAUCGGCUUUUGAAAUGCAGCUGAAGAAAACAAGAAAAGUCUUACCAAUAUUAACUGCCAGCCAAGGGAAUAAAGGGCCUAGGUCAUUGACUACGUUGCCAAAGCAAACAAAUGUCGAUAAAGCCAAUACAAUAAAGGCAAAUGAUGAAAACUGCAAUUUUGCAUAUAAAGAAGCUGAGGAAAGUGAAUUGUAUCCAAUAAGUUGUAUUAAGUGUAGAUGUGUGCAAGACAUUUUGGCACCACAGUUGCAUCAGCAGAAAUGCCAAGAUAUUGAAGAUGACUACCAUGUCUGUAGCAAGUGCCCGUUGAGUGUGCUGUCCACUCUCAAUUUUCAGAUUGUGCCUGCAGUUGCAUUGGACACUGAAGCCCAAGAGAAAAUGUCCCUGAAUAAGCCUCGAAGAGCCUUCAAAGUAAAAAACUUUCAGCCAGACAAAUACUAUUGUGACAAAUGCCGAUUUUCCACAAAGGAUCCCUUACAACAUAAGAAACAUGUAGCUCAACAUGAAAAGAUCAAAUUUAUUUGUUCCCAGUGCGAUUGGGUGUCUUACACCAAAGGGGAAUUCGAAAGGCAUUUAGUGAAACAUACUGGGAGAUUUCCAUACCAGUGCAAAUACUGUGACUAUGGUGCAGUUAGGCAUGAUUAUAUUGUCAAACACACAAAAAGAUUACACGCAACUGAGAAGCAAGAAAUGAUUUCAGUUGCAAAAGUUGAUCAAAAACGAAAUUGUUCACCAGAGCAUAAUUUGGAGUGGAAGAAACAUGCUGUGGAAGCUUCUCUGCAGGUCACACCUUCACGUUUAUCUCAGAUUUGUGGGAUUAAAAAUGAAAUACCUGAAAUUGAUUCAUCAUCAGUUUAUGAUGAAUGUAGUCAAAGUACAGCCUUCAUACAAGAUAAAAAUGUAAAUAAACUAUCUGAUGUCAGAAUCCAUAAAAAUGAAGAUGUAUUGAUGGAAGUUGAAGUUUAUUCUCCAAAAAAAGGGCCUAUAACACCUGGAGUGCCAUUAACAGUGGUUGCACCUGCCAAAUUUUGUGUUCCACAUAAUUGUUUGGCACAAAUAGUAGAAAUUAAAAGAAAUAAUGGUACACAGCAGUUGAUUCUUAAACUCAUUCCUCCGAAAGGAACUACCUCUAAAGAAGUAGAAUCUGGAAACCAGUGUGCAGAACAAGAAGAAAAAACAAUAAAUAACUGUGUGCCCCCAGCGCUUGAGUCCUGUGCUUUAGAUAACGAGAAUGACGAGAACUGUCUGCAUUCUGCCAGUUCUACUACUUUGAACUGCAGCUUGAUAAAUACCGAGGAGGAAAAUGCUAUUUGCAAAGAAAACGCACAGAGAGAAUAUGAUCUUCUACCACCUUUAGCAGAGUUUUCUUCUGAAAAAACAAAUUGCCCAGAACUCUUUCAAAAGGGAAAAUGUUCAGAAAAUAAACAUACAACUUCCAGUUCAGAUCCAGCCAUAUGCCUAGCAGCUCCCUCUUCCAAAGAUAAGAACAAGCCCCAAAGUGAUUUGUUAGACACUGUCCAGAAAAACAAUAGUUUACCGCCUUCCUCGGUAUUCGGUAACAUGCGCUUCACUUUAACUAAUGCCAAAGAAGAACAAUGGAAUGAGCUUAGAGUAGCUGCAAAAACACAUUUGUUUGAUUCCCAUUUGUUUCACCCUUUUGAAAGAGCUGCAGUGUCACAGCAGAAUAAGUCUCUAGCUUCAGAGGAGUCUGAGAACGUCUUAGGUGUGAUAAAUGGAAUUAAUGUGAAAAGAAAGAAAGAUAAUAUGGAAGUGGAAGCACACAGUAUAAAAUAUGAAGGUGAUUCAGUAGAUGGUCCGGUGAUCUCAUCUGUGUUUUCCCUCAGCUCUGGCGCUGUAAAUAUCCCGGAAGGCAUUAAGUGGGAUGAUACAUUACAGAAGAAAAGGUCCACUUCGUUGUUGUGCAGAAAGAUUGCUCAGCUGAUGUCUGCUGUUGAAUCGAAUGUGAAAUCUCAAUUAGCUGCUUCAUUAAGACACAGUACCAGCCAAGCCUCUAAGGAGAAAGUGUUAUCGCCAGAAAAAAAGAGUGAAAAAACUAGCUCAAAUAUGAUAUCUGAACAAGAACUUGUGCCUUCUCCUCGGAGACCAAAAGGCGCCACUUUUUCUAAUGAGUGUUCUAUUAAGCAAGAACAACCAUUGGAAACACUUAAAGAGGCUAAAACUAAAACCAGGCUGAUUACAAAAACAAACACUGUUUCUCCGGCUUUCAUUCCUCAAGGAACUGUACUGAGAGUGCUAAACUGCAGUAGUUCCGAGGCCUCAACUGAAAAACAAAAUGGUGAUGAAAUGUCACCUUCCCCUUCUCGAUAUUGCAACAAAAUGUUUAUCCCAAGGCCAGUUCCUUGCUGUGUUUCUGCCAGACUUGACAAAGGUCCAACUUUGCCAGCUGAGAAUGAAGUUAAUGAGGUUUCUAGAAAUCUCUGUGUGUCAUAUAAUCACACUUGCCACUCUUUUAGUUCUGUGCCAAGUUACGGCCAACAAAAUGGUAUGUUGUCAUGUCAAAAAGGCAGCAGCCCAAGUGGGCUAAGCAAAAGGGCCGCGAAAGGUGAAGAGCCCCAGAACAAAGCUAAGCGAGCACAUUCUGCAAACACUUUGCCCCAGAAGGGACUCGCAGCUCAAGAGGAACGCUUCCUUAAAAUGGUGCCCACUCUCAUGAGAUGCCUUAGGCUUGUAGCAUUCAAAAGUGAUCAGCUAAUAAAAUGCCCUCAUCGUAACCAGCCAGUAGUUGUCUUAAACCAUCCUGAUGUUGAUUCACCAGAAGUAAUUAGUAUCAUGAAGGUUAUCAAUAAGUACAAAGGCAAUGUCCUGAAAGCAGUUUUAUCAGAAAGAACUAUUAGCUGUCUCAGUGUGAAACGACAUUAUAAAAGACUUACUUUUCAGACUUUUGAUAGAUCAUCUCAAGUGAAACAACAGAAAAAAGUAAGAAUGACACAAAAGAAGGUGCACAAAAAUAACUGCAAGGAGGUGGAUUUGUCAAUAGCGGAAGCAUCAAAACAAAUGUUUAAAUGCUGGUUUUGUAGUAGGGUGUAUGCUGAGCAAGAAGAAUGGAUAAAUCAUGGGCAGAAACAUUUUCUGGAAGCCACAAAAGGGAAGGACAGUGACCAGGAGCAUCUAUGCAAAAGCUUCAGCCUGUUCAGGGAAAUCAAGGGUGCAGUCUGCUCAGGAAAGUGCCUUGUGUGAAGAAGCACUGCAAGAAGACAGUGCUCUUGCACAACUCUCAUUCAUUUCCAUAGAACUUGAGCAGGAGAACUUCUUGCUCUUUUAGGUCUAGUUCGUAAAGCAGUGCAGUUGUGCCAAGGCCUGAAUAUAGGGGACUUUUCUGACAAUUAAAGAGAUUGGCAAUCAAGACUUUGAAAUAAAAUCCCCAUAGAAGAAGGCAUUUUUUUAAAAAAAUUGCCUUGUCACAAAAGGAAGUUCAGCAUCAACUCUCUUAUUAAGAAUGAUGAACACAUUUCAACAACCACUCUACUUUUACUUGGAAAAAGAAAGAAAGAAAGAAAGAA